AUGUGCGGCCUGUUUCAGGAUCCGUUUGGUGGGGCGAAUUGUGCGGUAGAAGAUGCGUCAUACGACUGCCCGAUCCCGGAGGGUAUCAAUCUGGGCCGGCGAACGUCCGUAUCGGCGGAAAGUAUGACGUCGACGCAGGUCCAGCCACAGGAUGUGGCCUGUUUCCCCAAAACAGAGAGCCAAGAGGCCCGCUUGCUCUCCGCGCUGCGUAUGAAUGUGCUGUUCCAGCAAAUGGAGCCGGAGAUUGGGUCGACGCUGGUGCAGGCGAUGCGUGAGAAGCAUGUCCCGAAGGGCGGCAUUGUGAUCAAGCAGGGCGACGACGGCAAGUAUUGCUACGUGACAGAGAGCGGCACGCUCGAUGUGUACGUGCAGCCGCCCGGUACGCCUGCUGACGUUGCGCUCGCGGCACCGAGCGACCAGCUGGGCACCAAGGUGCUGACAUACGGCCCUGGUGCGGCGUUCGGCGAGUUGGCUCUGAUGUACAUGCAGCCACGAGCCGCCUCGGUCGUGGCCACGUCCGACUGCGUGCUGUGGGCCCUGGACCGUGUUACCUUUCGCUCCGUUCUGGCGCACGCCGAUAUCCAGCACCGGCUGAUGCUGGGUGCGUUCAUGCGCCAGGUGCCGUUGUUGCAGCAUCUCCGUGAGGACGAGCGGGCUCGUGUAUCCGAUGCGAUUCAUCUGGUGGACUACCGCGCGGGCGAGGUGGUCUUGCGGGAGGGCGACAUUGGCACGCAAUUUUUCAUGGUCGUGUACGGCUUGGCCGAAGUGACCAAGGCGGACGACAAGGAGCAUCCCGUCACACUGCUGCAGCGUGGCGACUACUUUGGUGAGCUCGCACUGCUCCGCCGAGCACCGCGUGCCGCCACCGUUACGGCCAGUGAGCGCUCGCCUGACGGCGUGCUGCGUGUGGCUGUGCUGGAAGAAGAUGCGUUCACACGGCUGUUGGGUCCUCUAUCCGACAUCAUGAACCGACAUGCCGAGACACACUAUGGCGCUACGCCGGCAGGGGCGUCGACGACGGCCGAGCCCGCGAACCAUACAUCUUCACCGCGAUCCACGUCCAACGACGGAGGAGCGGGGCUGUAG